CUGGAUUCUACAAAACAUCAUUUCAUCAUGGGACAGCAAAUUUCAGAUCAGACACAGCUGGUUAUUAACAAGUUACCAGAAAAAGUAGCAAAACAUGUCACAUUGGUUCGAGAAAGUAGCUCCUUAACUUAUGAAGAAUUUCUUGGGAGAGUAGCUGAAAUCAAUGAUGUAACUGCUAAAGUGGCCACUGGCCAGGAAAAACAUCUUCUCUUUGAGGUACAACCUGGUUCUGAUUCCUCUGCCUUUUGGAAAGUGGUUGUACGGGUGGUCUGCACCAAGAUUAACAAAAGCAGUGGCAUUGUAGAAGCAUCACGGAUCAUGAAUUUGUACCAGUUCAUUCAGCUUUAUAAAGACAUCACAAGUCAAGCAGCAGGAGUGUUGGCUCAGAGCUCCACCUCUGAAGAGCCUGGUGAAAACUCGUCCUCUGUGACGUCCUGCCAGGCUAGCCUUUGGAUGGGAAGGGUGAAGCAGCUGACCGAGGAGGAGGAGUGCUGCAUCUGCAUGGACGGGCGGGCUGACCUCAUCCUGCCUUGUGCUCACAGCUUCUGCCAGAAGUGUAUUGAUAAGUGGAGCGAUCGACACAGAAAUUGCCCUAUUUGUCGUCUACAGAUGACUGGAGCCAAUGAGUCUUGGGUGGUGUCAGAUGCGCCCACAGAAGACGACAUGGCCAACUACAUUCUCAACAUGGCUGACGAGGUGGGCCAGCCACACAGGCCGUGACCUACAGCCCUGUGACCGUGGGCUACACACAUAGAGGAAGAACAGAGGUCUCUUGUGGCACAGAUACAAACUAAUUCUUCCCAUCUUCUUAUUUUUGCUAUUCUGAUGUGUCCCAUUUUUUAAAUAAAGUUUCUUUGUCUUCCA